AUGGGCAGGGCAAGGGAUACGCACCUGCCUCCACUUGACAUUCAGCUCCACUUCCCCCUGUUUGGGCUGUUCCUACUGCUUUAUGGUAUCACCCUGGUGGGGAAUGGGGGGAUGAUCUUGUUAAUCACAAUUGACCCCCGACUCCACACGCCCUUGUACUUUUUCCUCAGGAAUUUGUCUUUCUCUGACCUCUGCCUUUCCUCGACAAUUUCCCCUCAGACGCUGCUCAAUUUCUUAGCCGAGAGGAAAAACAUUUCUUUCACUGCCUGUGCUGUUCAAAUGUCUCUCUCUAACGCUUUUGCAGAUUCUCAGGGCUUCUUGCUGACUGUGGUGGCGUAUGACUGUUAUGUGGCCAUCUGUAACCUGCUGCUCUGUACGGUCACCAUGUCCAGGCAGCUUUGUAAACAACUGGUGGCUGGGGUGUACGUUCUGGGUGUUUUGGAUUCAAUGAUAUUUACGUGUUUUACAUUUUGGCUGUCAUUCUGCAGCUCCGACCUCAUCAAUCAUUUCUCCUGUGAAUUCCCCCCACUGCUAGCGCUCUCCUGUUCUGACACCUGCUUCAUUAAGAUUAUGAUGUUUGUUUUCACGUUGUGCGUUACAGUCAGCAUCUUGUGGCCAUCCUCCUCUCCUAUGUCUAUAUCACUCUCCACCAUUCUGCAGAUCUGCUACACUGAGUGCCGGCGCAAAGCCUUCUCCACCUGCAUUUUCCACUUGACAACUGUGGCCCUGUAUUUUGUUACCCUCCUCUUCAUGUAUUUACGUCCAACCUCCAGCAAUUCCAUGGACAGAGACAUAGGUUAA